AUGUCGAAUCUUAACGAUGAAGAACAAAUUGAGGAAACCCGUGAAAGAUAUGAGGAAAAUGACAAUUUAAUUGACCGAAUUCAAGAUGAAAUCAAAGAAUGUGAAAAUCAAGUCAAUGAUGUUCGCGAAUUUGUGGCAAAUUCGGAUGAUAAUGAGAAUGAAAAUGAUGAAUCUGACGAUACUUCGGACAAAUCAAGUGACGACGAUAAUUAUGAAAAUGAUGAAGUGAAUAAAGAGGACAUAUUCAGUCCAAGGAAAACCAGGAGUGGUAAAUCUUAUGUUCAAGACAGAAUAAAAAUGAGACCAACCAAACGUAAUAAUUGGCAUCCACCAAGGUAUAAUCAACAAUACCUGAAUCGAAAGAAACUGAAGUGUAAUUCGCUAAAGAACAGGAGUGCAAUGAGGAAAAAGGAAAAAGUCAAGAAAUCGAAAGGUUAUUUGAAUUAA